AGUACAAACUCGGAGGGAAGAGAAGAGGCCUCGGUGGCUACCCUGCCUGCCUGCCCAACAAAGCCCUACCUGCCUGCCCAACCUUCUUCCCCCGCAAGCAAAGCGAAGCAGCCCAGCAGAUCUCCUCGCCGCCUACCGUCUCUUCCUCCACAGCUUCCCCGGAUCCGGCCAUGGAGGGCGACAGCACCAACCUCGACGCGGCGAUAGAGUCGCUCCUCAAUGUCGAGAAGCAGAUGAGGCUGGCCGGCGAUGUCGCCGGCACGCGGAAGGCCGUCAUCGACAUCGUCGAGCUCUGCUACAAGGCCGGCGCGUGGAAGACGCUCAACGACCAGAUCGUUCUCCUCUCCAAGAGGAGAGGCCAGCUUAAGCAGGCCAUUACUGCCAUGGUUCAAAAAGCAAUGGACUACAUUGAUUUGACACCAGACACUGACACACGCAUCGAGCUAAUCAAAACACUGAGCAGUGUCUCUGCUGGCAAAAUUUAUGUUGAGAUAGAGAGAGCAAGAUUGAUCAGAAGACUUGCUAAAAUCAAAGAGGAGCAGGGACAGAUUGACGAGGCUGCCGAUUUGAUGCAAGAAGUUGCUGUCGAAACAUUUGGCUCCAUGGCCAAGACGGAAAAAAUUGCUUUUAUUCUUGAGCAGGUCCGGCUAUGCCUGGAUCGGCAAGAUUAUGUCAGAGCACAAAUUUUAUCAAGGAAAAUUAGUACUAGAGUAUUUGAAGCAGAUCCAUCGAAGGAAAAAAAGAAACCAAAGGAAGGGGACAAUAUUGUUCAGGAUGCUCCUGCAGACAUUCCAUCCCUACUAGAAUUGAAGCGCGUCUACUAUGAACUCAUGAUUCGAUAUUACAUGCACAACAAUGAUUACCUGGAAAUCUGCCGCUGUUACAAGGCGAUUUAUGAUAUUCCAGCGAUAAAAGAGGAUCCAACAAAGUGGAUACCGAUUCUUCGGAAGAUCUGUUGGUACUUGGUGCUAGCACCCCAUGAUCCUAUGCAAUCUAGCCUUCUCAAUGCUACUCUCGAGGACAAAAACCUUUCGGAGAUUCCCAAUUUCAGGCUAUUGCUGAAGCAGCUGGUUACCAUGGAGGUCAUCCAGUGGACAACUUUGUGGGAGUUCGCCAAGCACGAAUACGAGAACGAGAAGAAUCUUCUCGGAGGAGCUUUGGGUGCCAAAGCUGCAGAAGAUUUGAAGCUGAGGAUUAUCGAACAUAAUAUCUUGGUCGUGUCCAAAUACUAUUCGAGGAUUACCCUCAAGAGGCUUGCAGAUCUUCUUUGCCUGAGUUUGCAGGAGGCAGAGAAGCAUCUUUCAGACAUGGUGAACUCAAAAGCUUUGAUUGCGAAGAUUGACAGGCCGAUGGGAGUUGUCAGUUUCCAGACGACUAAAGAUUGUAACGGUGUACUUAACUCAUGGGCUACCAACCUCGAGAAGCUUCUCGACCUGGUCGAGAAAAGCUGUCACCAGAUUCACAAGGAAACCAUGAUCCAUAAGGCGGUGUUGAAAGCUUGAGUGUUUGUGUUUGCCCAUUUUGGUUUAGGUCUCCCUGGUAGCCCUGCCGUGGUGUUAAGAUAGUGUAACGGCAGGACUCUGAAUUGAGACUAUUUCAGAUUAACCGGUGGUGUCAAGUGGAAGAUCAUUUAAGAUGAACCAGUGUUCUGUCAAAUGAAUUACACAUGGACAGGAUAAUAAUUCUCUGUAUCUCAAGAAACCAGUCGCCGUAGAGUAAUUCUGGAUUCGUGUCCUGAUGGGAGAUUUUGGUUGAAUUCGUUGGUCCUUGGUGGCACUUGUUACGGGUCACACAUUCUAUAACAAACUAACAUUGUUUGUUUUGC